GGGGUGCUGGCGUCCGGGGAGGGGGAGAGCAGCGCUGGAAAUGCCCAUCAGGAGGUCCUGGUUUGACACAGCCCCGGCCAAUCACAGCCUGCGUUAGGGGUGGCGGCCAGCGAGAGCUGGGAUGGCGGCCAUGCCGUUCGUCAGCGAGGGGAAGUGUGUCAGCGUGGAGUGGGACUUCCUGCAGGGUCUGCUGGCCAAACCGCCCACCCUGCCCUGCCUGCAGAACCUGAGGAAGGAGAAGUCUCGUAACGCGGCUCGGUCACGGCGUGGGAAGGAGAACUUUGAGUUCUUCGAGCUGGCCAAGAUGCUGCCCCUCCCCGGGGCCAUCACCAGCCAGCUGGACAAGGCCUCCGUCAUCCGCCUCACCAUCAGCUACCUGCACAUGCGCCACUUCGCCAGCCAGGGAGACCCGCCGUGGGCUCCCCUACUGGAGGGAGGACCCAACUGCAACAAGGCACUGCGGAGAACCUCCCAGUCUCUGGCCUCGGACAUGUUCGAGCAGCACCUGGGAGCACACCUGCUGCAGUCACUGGAUGGGUUUGUGUUUGUGGUUAGUUAUGAGGGACGGUUUCUCUACAUUUCUGAGACGGUAUCCAUCUACCUGGGCCUUUCACAGGUGGAGCUGACUGGGAGCAGUGUGUUCGACUACAUCCACCCGGCGGAUCACGUGGAGAUGGCCGAACGGCUCGGGAUCAGGCCGCACCUCCGAGCCGAAGCCGGCUGCCAUCAGGCCACUGAGAGCGCCUCCAGCUCCGCGUCUACCUCCUCAUUGGCCGAGACCCCGGAACCAGCCCCCUCCAGCCCCCUGUCCCUGGAGGACGAGACCUCAGAGAGAGGCUUCUUCAUCCGCAUGAAGUCCACCCUGACCAAGAGAGGCCUGCACGUCAAGUCCUCUGGGUACAAGGUGAUCCACGUGACCGGCAGGAUGCGCUGCAGGCCAGUCCUCAUGCCUGGCCCCGCCCGCUCCCACCAGCGGCCCCUGGGAUUGGUGGCCCUGGCUCACACCCUGCCCCCCUCCACCCUGAACGAGGUGCGCAUGGAGAGCCAGAUGUUCGUGUUCCGCGUGAACAUGGACCUGCAGGUCACCUACUGCGAGAACAGGAUCUCGGAGUACAUGGACCUGAGCCCAGCUGAGGUGGUGGGCCACACCUGUUACCACUUCAUCCACGUGGAGGACGUAGAGGGCGUUCGCCAGAGCCACGAAGACCUUCUGCGGAAGGGUCAGGUGGUGACGGGGUACUACCGCUGGCUGCAGCGCCGCGGGGGGUUCCUGUGGGUGCAGUCCUGCGCCACCGUCUCCAUCAACCACAAGGCGCCCCACGAGCGCAACGUCAUCUGGGUCAACUACGUGCUCAGCCGGACGGAGUUGCCGGACACGGCGGUGGAUCUGCUCCAGCUGCCGGAGACUCUGCGGAGUGAGCGCGUGCGAGCGACCCCCCCACCGCGGGACGCCCCGCCUCAGACCCAGGGGGCCGCCGUCUCACGGCCGUCAAAAUGCCUGAGUGGGAGGAGCGCGCCGGGGUCAAAGGCCAGGGAGCCCUUCCCCCACCCCUCGGAGGGCCAAUCGGAGGAGAGCAGGAAGAGGACGUGGCGGUCCCGCUCGGAGGACGGGGCGCGGGAGGCGCGGAGGCUCCGGGAGGAGCUGCGGGAGGUGAGGGAGGAGAGCCAGUCCACCUCCUCCGACCUGGGGAGCGACAGCGAGGGGGAGCGGGGCGAGGGCGGGGGCGAGCGCGGCCCCCACAGGAAGCAGGUGAAGCGCGAGGAGGGGCUGGGGCGGCCGACGGGGGGAGAGCUCACGCUCGGGGCCGGCGGAAGGAUCCAGAACGGCCGGGCGGUGAUCCAGCACCUGAAGGGAGUGGCCCCUCCCGUGCCCAGCAUUAAGACUGAGCAGGACUUUGGGACGUCCGUGUCGGGCCACCCGGGGCCGCGGUGGGGCCACGCACACUCGCACUCCCACCCCUCCCUGCGCGGGACCCCCAACGGCGAGAGCCCGCCCGACUCCACCCUCACCCCGCCGGGAGGCGAGGCCCCCAAGGGCCUGUUCUCCCCCGGCUCCCCUGGCCUGACCCCGCCCAUGGGGGGCUCCCCGCUGGGACGGGACGAGAGGUGCCUCCCUGGGGCCCGUGGCCCGGACUUCGAGCUGCUGCAGAGGCUGGCUGCGGGCGGGGCCGGGCGGGUGCUCUUCCACCCCCUGGCCCUCGGCCCCCAGGGGCCCCAGAGCCUGUACGCCCCCAGCACCAUUCGCUACGCCCCCGCCGAGCUGCCCCCCGCCCACGCCCACGCCCUGUCUGAGGGACUGGCCCCGGAGCACCCCAAGCCCCCACACCACCCCCCGGCCUUCUUCCCCCACCUGCAGAGGAUCGCCGGCCUGCCCCCCUUCAGCGGAUUCUCCCCCUCCGACACGCCCUUCCCCCCCGCCCUGCCCUUCUGCCUGAACGGACUGAGGGGGGCUGCUGGGACAGAGGAGGACUGA